UGAUCUGGGCUGCUCGGUGCGGAUCGGGUGUGUUUAUGGUGUAAACAGGUGAAUCCAGGUGGGAAUCCGGAUUGAUUGCGUCAUGGCCGCGAGCACUAAACGUAAACAGGAGGAGAAACAUCUGCAGCAGCUGCGGGAGAUCCAGAGCCGCCCCGCCAACAGGAAAUGCUUCGACUGUGAGCAGCGCGGCCCGACUUACGUUAACAUGAGCAUCGGGUCGUUCAUCUGCACCACCUGCUCCGGCAUCCUACGAGGAUUAAACCCGCCCCACAGAGUGAAGUCCAUCUCGAUGACCACCUUCACACAGCAGGAGAUCGAGUUCCUACAGAAACACAGCAAUGAGGUGUGUAAGCAUAUCUGGUUGGGUCUGUACGAUGAGCGCAGUUCUGCUGUACCGGAUUUCCGAGAACCUCAGAAAGUGAAGGAGUUCCUCCAGGAGAAAUACGAGAAGAAACGAUGGUACGUUCCUCCUGAUCAGGCCAAGCUGCUGGCGUCAGUGCAGCCUCCUGUUUCUGGACCUUCAGCCAGCACUAGCAGCAGCACUCCGGAGGUUCAACCACUUAAAACCCUGCAGCUGAACAAAACCCCGUCCAAUCAGUCUCCGGUGGUCAGUCGUUCUCAGACUCAGGAGAAGAAGUUUGAUCUCUUGUCUGAUCUGGGUGGAGAUAUUUUCGCCGCUCCUCCUCCUCACCCCGCCGCCGGGGCGUCAGGCUUUGCUAACUUUGGACACUUCAGCAGAUCCUCAGGAGGAAGUGUUUCAGCGCCACCUCUACCCACGGGUUCGGGAGAGGAUCGAUACGCCGCCCUGGCAGAACUGGACAGCGCCCUCAGCUCCGCCUCACAGGGGGUGUUUGAUGCCGUACCAGGAUCCGCUCCAGUCCAGAAGCCGCCCGUCCUUCCCAGCAUCCCCCAGGGUUACGUGGCCUCAACGAAUCCGUUUGUAGCUUCGGCGGUUCCUCCAGAGUCCAUGUGCACCAAUCCGUUCCAGAUCAGUAACAGAUCAUCAGCGUCAGGAUCCAUGAGCAUGCCAGCUGGGUUCAGCAGCACCUCCGGCUUCUGCCUACCAACCAGCUUCAGCGGGAACUUCCAGCUGCAGCAGCAGUUUCCUCCUGCCGCUUAUCACCAACAACCCAACGGUGCUUUUCCCAUGUAUGGUCCAGUCAAACCUCCAGUCGGUUACGGUCAGCCCGCCGUCUCCAACAACCCCUUCAUGGGCGGAGCUCCGGCGGGUCCGUAUCCCACAGGCGGAUCUUCUACUAAUCCGUUCCUCUAACAGACUGCGCUUCGACAUGUUCUUCACAUCACUGAUGUCUUCUACUCACUGCACUGAACAUCUCGCACUAACAGAAUAAGACGUGCUGUGUUUCAAUACUGCUUCUGAUGCGCCCCUGUCGGUUAGGACGUCUGCUUCACCUGCGUCUCAUUUAGCCGCGACGCCGUACGAAUGUUCACGUGACCAACGUGGGAGGAACAAAGUAAAAGAUCAAAGUAAAACAUGGCUGAAGAUGAAGUGUUCCGUAUUGUUUUAUAUGUUCAGUUCUCUAAAGUCUGCGUAAUUAGUGCUGGCCUAAACGUGUUGCCAGGUCCUCUAAUUGAGAAAUGAUGAGCUACAGCUUUAGUAAACUGAACAGUAAUGUGAGAGGGAACGUGAGGGCAGAUCAUUAUGCACCUCGUCAUUGUUUAAAGCCGUCGUGGGUUCUCAAUUUUUAUUUAACCAAUCCGGUUUAAGUCAAAAGUUUACAUACACUUGUUGGGCUGCGUUUCGCGUCACGGUUGCUUUGGCAUUUCCAUGAGUUUUAAGUUCUUUUUAGCUCUUGUUCAGCAGCCUCUAAGCUUGCUUGACUGUGGACAGGGACAUCUGUGUUCCAGAAGCUUCUGAUUUAUUAAAAAAAAUAUGUUUUUGCACUGUUUCACGUCCUGUACCUGCAGACAUUCCUGACUUCUGGUGUAUGUAAACUUUUGACUUCAACCCUAGUUCUGUAUAAAUGCUGAUCAUCAAUUAAAAUAAGCAGUGCUACCAGCUCACAGAUCUAUUAGAGAGAAUGAAUUUGCCGUUAGAUUGGUGCAGUGCAUGUGGUGGGAUUUUGGGUAUUUUGGACUCAGUGUUGUCUCACAGGGGUGGAGAUUUAAAAGAUGGUCUUUCGUUUCCAUUCCUUGCCCUGAACCUCCAUGGAUGCUUUACAUCCACCAUCCCUAUUUAUCGCUUUUACUGGAUAAUUAAUAACGUUUUAGGGCUAGAAAUUGUGCGUAUCGCUAUUUAUAAUCCUCUAACAGCGUAAUUCAUGAUACAAAUGAGCAGUUGUUGAAUUAGCGGCGUUUUUAAGGGGUAGUUUAGCGUUUAAAAUUAAAUGUAAACAAUGUUAAAGAUCAAUAUGAUUGGCUCUGUGUGGAAACAGAUAGAAACGAGGUCCGGAUGCUCCUGUAUGAAGAUCCUGGGUUUACAUGUAGGCAUACAAACAUUACGACUGUAAGUUAAUGUGUAUAUAUAAAUAUAAAUAUAUGUAUAAAUAAUAAUAAAGAUUUUUAACUAC